GCGGGAAAGAAGCGGGGCGAGGGAGGUUUGGGGAGCGGCAGCGCUGGCAGAGGAAGAUGCUGGGAGAGCCGCGCGCCAGGCGGGCCGGGGAUCUCGGGGGAAGACGGGGUUCCACGGGAGGCGGCAUCCGGGCGAGAGAGGCGGGCGCGGGCCGAGGUGCCCGGCGGAGCGCCGUUUGCCUGUCUUGUAAAAGGUGCGCCGAGCCCCCGCGGGAAGAGGCGGGCGCCUCGGGGCGCGCGGCCGCGGGCUCCUCCCCCGGCGCCUCCGCUAUUUGGGUCAGGACGCGGCCGCCCCGGCGCCGGACCUUGGGACCCGCAGGCUGCGGGCUGCUCUCCGUCCGCCGCUUGCGUCCGCCCCGCCGCAGGUCCCCGGUCCCCGACGGAAGAGCGGCCGGCGCACCAAGGACAGGGGCGUGCGCAGAAACAAAAACCAAGAAAUGCUGCAUUCCACAAACAAAGGACUGAUACUUGGCAUCGUGGUGGGAACUACUGGAAUCAGCUUGCUUCUUUUGUGGUACCAUAAGGUUCGUAGACCAAGGACAACAAUGAAUUUGCCUAAAUUCCUUUCUCUGGGUAAUACAUCUGAUUCAGUGACAUUGCAAGAUGAAAUGCAUGACGGCCAAGGACCGACAGCAAUCUUUCAACGAAGGCAACUUCAGAUACUGGAGAAGUUAAAUGAAUUACUGAUAAAUAUGGAAGAACUCAAAGAGGAAAUCAGAGUUCUUAAAGAAGCCGUUCCAAAGCUGGAGGAAUAUAUACAAGGUGAACUUGGAGGGAAGAUAACUGCUCAUAAGAUAAGUCCUCAGCACAGAGCUAGGAAAAGAAGGCUUGCCCCAGUUCAAAGUUCAGCAACGAGUAAUAAUAGUUCAGAGGAAGCAGAAAGUGAAGGAGGUUAUAUUACAGCUAAUACUGACACAGAAGAACAGAGUUUUCCUGUCACUAAGGCAUUGAACACACACGUGGAAGACUUAAAUUUAGAUGUCCUUCUUCAGAAGGCGGACCGUUUGCGUUUGGAGGAGUCUAGCAAGAUGGAGAGCUUUGAACUACUUUGUGACCACAAAGACAAGUAUAGAGAUGAAAUAGAGUUUAUUUGGCGGUUUGCUCGUGCUUAUGGAGAUAUGUAUGAGUUAUCUACAAAUACUCAAGAAAAGAAACAUUAUGCUAAUAUUGGAAAGACAUUAGGUGAAAAAGCUAUUACUAGAGCACCCAUGAAUGGACAUUGUCAUCUGUGGUAUGCGAUUUUGUGUGGCUACGUAUCAGAGUUUGAAGGCUUACAAAACAAAAUCAACUAUGGACAUCGCUUCAAGGAACAUCUGGAUAAAGCAAUCCAAUUUUUACCUGAAGAACCCUUUUUGUAUUACCUAAAGGGAAGAUACUGUUAUACUGUCUCGAAACUGAGCUGGAUUGAGAAAAAAAUGGCUGCUACUCUGUUUGGAAAAAUACCAUCCUCAACUGUAGAAGAAGCUUUGCAAAAUUUCCUUAAGGUUGAAGAACUACACCCUGGUUUUUCUAAGUCCAAUUACAUGUUCUUGGCCAAGUGUUAUAUCGACCUUGAACAAACUAAUGAUGCUGUGAAGUUCUGUGAUUUGGCAGUGUUGCUUCCUUGUGUAAGCAGAGAAGAUAGAGAAGCACAGAAAGAGGUGAAGAAAAUAAGCACUUUCUUGAAGAGGUAAAUAAAGAACUUGCUCUUCAACAAAUCAGAUGUGGUCUCCUAAAAUUUAAACUAAUCAAAGUUGUGUUUUUUUUAUUAUUUUUUUCUUUUUUGAUGUAAGGGUAAAUGUGCUCAGAUUUGAAAGUAAAACCACAUUUCUGCAGAAUGCAUUUCACUAGUAGCACUACGAAAGUAAUCAUGUUGUUUGGAGAAAUCUAUUUCCUAUAAUGUCAGUACAAAAUGAUCUUUAAACAUGUAUGCUUUAUAUUUUUCCUUUCAGUAAACUAUGGUCUUCAGAAUAUUUCUUUAAAUAAAAUAUUUAAUCCA